CUUUUUUUCGGAUCUUUGUUUCCCAAAUCAAUACACGCAAUUCUCUCUCACCUCGCCUCAUACGUUUUUUUCUCUCUCAUGUCGUUGAUUUCCAGAUUUUCAUUUGGCUUUCUCAAUUUUCAGCCCAUCUCAUUUGAGGUGCAGAAUUUGUAUGCAAAUUGGUUUGGUUACGAUUAUGUAGGAAAUGUUGAAAAUGAGAAUGAAAUUGAUGAGGAAAUGUAAAAGAAGGAGAAAAUGGGUCUGAAUUGGGGAAAACAUAGUAGUUGAUUAGUGUUGCAGGUACUGGUUUUGUGAUUCUGUAUCUUUGAUUGCUUGUGAUUUUUUAUUUGGGGUAAAGAAAUAAAAAGAGGCAAGAUGUUUAACAAAAUAAUGAAAAGGGGGAAAAAGUCCUCAAAGGAAUCAAUUGAGGCACCAGUUCCCGCACCAGCACCUCCACCGUCUAAUGUGACAGUCAAUCAUGCAUCACGGACGAACGUGACGCCGAAGCCAACGGCUGGUCCCGUCGUCCCACCGAGGCCGGCCACGGUGGAGGUGUUGCCAAAUUUGAAGGAUACCCCAUUAAAUGAGAAACAUGGGGUGUUCAUCAGGAAGGUCCAUGUGUGCUGUUUUUUCUUUGAUUUUGUGGAUACAAUGAAGUCUGCGCGAGAGAAGGAGAUCAAGAGGCAGACCCUCGCGGAGCUUAUUGAUAUUGUGCAGACGGGAUCGUGUAAAAUGAAUGAGAUAAUGCAAGAUGAGAUGGUCAAGAUGAUAGCCUUGAAUAUAUUCCGGAGCUUGCCACCUGCAGCGCACGAGGCUACUGGUGGACCGGGUGGAGAUCCUGAAGAGGACGAGAUGUAUAUGGAACCAGCCUGGCCUCACUUGCAACUAGUUUAUGAGUUGCUUUUGAGAUAUGUGGUGUCAUCUGAUACAGACACCAAGAUUGCCAAGAGAUACCUUGAUCACUCGUUUGUGUUAAAAUUGCUCGAUCUGUUUGAUUGUGAGGACAUAAGAGAGAGGGAGUACUUGAAGACUAUUCUUCAUCGGAUAUAUGGGAGGUUCAUGGUUCAUCGGCCCUAUAUAAGGACUGCAAUGAACAACAUCUUGUAUCGGUUUAUAUUUGAGACAGAGAGGUAUGGUGGGGUUAAUGAGUUAUUGGAGAUUUUUGCAAGUAUUAUCAAUGGGUUUGCAGUGCCAAUGAAAGAAGAGCAUAAGUUGUUUCUUGUACGAGCACUUAUUCCAUUACACAAACCUAAAUGUGUUGCUUCCUACCAUCAUCAGUUGGCCUAUUGUAUGACACUAUUUGUCGAGAAAGAUUACAGGUUGGCUGAUAUCGUUAUUAGGGGUUUGCUGAAGUGUUGGCCUAUCUCAAACUGUGGCAAAGAGGUUCUGUUUCUUGGGGAAUUAGAAGAAAUUUUGGAGGUCACCCAAACUUUAGAGUUCCAGCGCUGCAUGGUUCCUUUGUUUAAGCAAAUAGGACGAAGCAUCAGAAGCCCUCAUUUCCAGGUGGCUGAACGAGCUCUUUUUUGGUGGAACAAUGAACACAUAGUAGGCUUGAUAGCAGAAAAUCGACACGUUAUUUUGCCAAUCAUUUUCGAUCCACUGGAGAAGAAUAUACAAUAUCAUUGGAACCAGGCAAUCAACGGCUUGAGCUGCAAUGUUCGAAGGAUGUUCGUGGAGAUGGACAGUGAGCUAUAUGAGCGAUGCCAGAGACAGUAUGAGAAAAAGGAGGCAAUGGCAAGAGAGUUGGAAGAGAAACGCAUCACGACUUGGAAAAGACUGGAAGAGGUAGCUGCUGAGGUUGCGUAAGGAGACGACAAGGUUCUCAUUUAGUGAUCUUUUAAAAUAUAUUUUCAAGAAUAUUGAUGGCUUCUGGAUUGGGCAAAGCUCUGCUUGGGAGAUGUAGAGUUUCGGCGAAUUCCUUCCCCUGGUUGCUUGCUAAGAGCUGAAAAGAAAGGGAAAAUAUCAGAAGAAAGGAGGUACGACUACUGCUGAAUUGUGUUUCCCACAUCAAAUUUUUUCGUUAUACACUUUUUAACUUUUUCAUUUCUUUAUCCUAAUAAUGGCCAACUAUUUGCAUCAUAGAAUAUUUAUGGUGGAAAAUCAAGUAGUUGAACAGAAAAAUCCAAGGAUGAGGCUGUUGUUGCAAGAGCUUUGUAAAUUAUCAUUCAUCUAUUCUUUGAUGAUUUGAUUAUAGAAAUAUACAAAAUGAUUCAUCUCCAUCUAAA